UCCUGCGGCGGCUUGUGUGGCUGGCACCACCAUUUUUUUCUGGAUUAAAACAAAUUAAAAAAAUUUAUGUAUUGUAUGUGUGAAAUUUAAUUUCUGCUAUCCGCACCCCGAAUGUCUACAAAAAAUCUUCUGACUCAAGAUGGUAAAUUGAGUAAGAAUCGGCAAGUCGAGGAGAAAAAUAGCUUUAAUGCAAAUCCCACAUUAGUGAAUAAAAUUGUCUGCGACCUCGAAUCAUUCUGAGACUUUUGCGAAGUCAACAAGGACAUGAACAUUUAUGAUAAUUUCGACGGAAUGGCAUUUGACUGAUAAUUGUUUAUAUAACUGUUUCAUUUUUCAUAUCCUUUAUUAUAUUUCCCCUCCCCCCUUUAUUCAAUGUUCCCAUUUUUCAACUAUUCCUUUACUUUCCACUUUCUGAAUUUCUUGUUUCAUGUUUCAAAUCCCGAUUCUCAUUGCCUAAUCCCACAAGUUUUAAAAUAAACUUGUCACAAUAAUAAACCCCCAAACAGUAUUCAA